GUUACCUGGCGGCGGGCUCAGGGCACCAGCUGGGUCUCGUUCCUCAUCGAGACUCAAGAGGGGGAGGCGAUAUAUAGUAACCAAAGGAAGCCCCUCUCUGUCGUCUCAAGCAGCUUGGUAGAUACUUCCCUGCCUUUGUAUACGGGUGGUUUUUCAGGUUUUGUAACUCCCGGGCUGUGAAAUCCUCCCAGGCGUCCCGUCCCGGUCCAGCCCGGCCAUGAGCACCCACCUGGCCGUGCCGCCCUACCUGCCCUACCCUGGCGCGGUCAGGUAUGGGGACUGCUACUGGCUCUCCGAGGGAAGCGUGGACAGCGUGCCGGCCGAGGCGGCCCCGGCGGCGGGCGCCACCGUCUUCCCCGCGGCUGAGAAGACUCCCAGCCACCCAGAUGUCUCUCCAGCUUCCUCCAGCUCUGGGACACUCAUCCAAUACACUCCCGACUCUGCCACCAGCCCCACUGCAGAGCGACCAUCUCCCUAUCCCUCUUCCCAGAAGGUCAAGGGGGAAGGUGAGGGUGUGGCAAAGAAGGCCAAGAGCCGCACAGCCUUCUCCCAGAAGCAGCUGCAAAUCCUGCACCAGCGGUUCCAGACCCAAAUGUACCUCAGCCCCCAGCAGAUCCGGGAGCUGGCUGCUGCUCUGGAGCUCACCUACAAGCAGGUGAAAACAUGGUUUCAGAAUCAACGGAUGAAAUUUAAACGCUGCCAGAAGGAGAGCCAGUGGGUGGAAAAAGGGUUGUAUCCACCACAGAAUGGGUUUCAUCAGGCUGCCUACCUGGAUAUAACCCCCACAUUUCACCAGGGCUUUCCUGUCAGUGCCAGCAGAAACAUUCAGGCUGUGACCAACAUGCACCAAGCCUACAGCAGUGGCCAGAAAUAUGGGAGCGGGCAGGGCUUGUACUCGUUCAUGGCUGUGGAGGAUGAGGGAUUCUUUGGAAAAUCUGGAACAAGCUGCAAUACCCAGCAAGCCAUGGGUUUCUUAAGCCAGCAGAUGAACUUCUAUCACAGCUAUCCUGCAGAUGUGGAUUAUGUCAGCCUGGAGUCAGAAGACACCUACAGCUUCCAGAGCACCCCUGACAGUAUUGUACCAUUCUUGAGCUCUGCUGCACAGCAUCAGUACCAGGCCCCUUGGCAUCCCCUGGGGACCCAGAGUGAUUAUGACUCUUAGACCUAAGUACUUUUUUUAACUCCAUUCUGUUUUCUCUGGGGUUUCUAGGGUCUUGACUCAGGGAUCCAGUUUCUAUCCCUUUCUCUUGCCCCUCCUCUCCUCCUGUUUUAACUAUUGAUGGGACUUGGCACCCUGCUGCCUUGGGUUAGCUUUCUGUUUAAAGGCUCCUGUUCAUAGCCAACCCUUGGCAAGG